GUGGACACACAAGAGUUAACUGGCGGGUGUGACAGGCGGACCGCCCUCAGGAAGUGUUACUCACUGGGGAUGUGCGCGCCUUGCCUUGGGGCUGGAUUCUCUUCCUGAAGCCGAAGGAGCUCCCAGCCAUGGAAAGCCCUGGAGAGCCAGACUCGGGCCUUUCUGGAGCCCGCAGCCCAUCCAGCUUCACUCCUGGACACCUGGAGAGAGAAAAGCCAGCCCAGGAUCCACUGUACGACGUACCCGAUGCCAGUGGCAGGCAGGCAGGCGGACCACAGCGGCCGGGGCGCGUUGUGAGCCUACGGGAGCGCCUGCUGCUCACCCGGCCCGUGUGGCUGCAGUUACAAGCCAACGCGGCGGCUGCUCUGCACAUGCUAAGGACAGAGCCCCCGGGGACGUUCCUCGUGCGGAAAUCGAACACCCGCCAGUGUCAGGCACUGUGCAUGCGGCUGCCCGAAGCCAGCGGCCCCUCCUUCGUCUCCAGCCACUACAUCCUGGAGAGCCCUGGCGGCAUCUCCUUGGAGGGCUCAGAGCUCAUGUUCCCGGACCUAGUCCAGCUCAUCUGUGCCUACUGCCACACCCGGGACAUCCUUCUCCUCCCGCUCCAGCUCCCCACAGCCAUCCAGCAGGCAGCCACCCACAAAGAGCUGGAGGCCAUCUCCCAUCUGGGCAUUGAGUUCUGGAGCUCCUCCCUCAACAUCAAGGCUCAGCGGGGCCCAGCUGGAGGCCCAGUGUUGCCCCAGCUGAAGGCCCGGUCCCCUCAAGAGCUGGACCAGGGCACCGGAGCCGCCUUGUGCUUCUUCAACCCCCUGUUCCCAGGGGACCUGGGGCCCACCAAGCGGGAGAAAUUCAAGAGAAGCUUCAAAGUGCGCGUCUCCACAGAGACCUCCAGCCCCCUGUCUCCACCGGCCGUGCCGCCUCCCCCUGUCCCCAUGCUGCCAGGGGCAGCCCCCAGACAGGCAGAGCGGCUGCCCCCUUGCCAGCUGCUGCGGAGGGAGAGCUCACUGGGGUAUCGUGUGCCAGCAGGUGGCGGCCCUAGCCUUCCACCCCUGCCCUCCCUCCAGGAGGUGGACUGUGGCUCCCCCAGCAGCUCCGAGGAGGAGGGGGCGCCAGGGUCCCAGGGGAGCCCAGCGACCUCACCCCACCUGGGCCGCCGGCGGCCUCUGCUUCGGUCCAUGAGUGCCGCCUUCUACUCCCUACUUGGGCCAGAGCGGCAGGUGGGCCGGGCUGCAGCGGCACUGAUGCAGGACCGACACACAGCCGUGGGCCAGCUGGUGCAGGACCUACUGACCCAGGUGCGGGCUAGGCCCGAGCCCCAGGAGUUGCAGGGCAUCCGCCAGGUGCUGAGCCGGGCCCAGGCCAUGCUGAGUGCGGAGCUGGGCCCUGAGAAGCUGCUGCCGCCUAAGAGGCUGGAGCAUGUGCUGGAGAAGUCGCUGCAUCGCUCUGUGCUCAAGCCUCUCCGGCCCAUCCUGGCAGCCCGCCUUCGGCGCCGGCUUGCUGCAGACGGCUCCCUGGGCCGCCUAGCUGAGGGCCUCCGCCUGGCCCGGACGCAGGGGCCCGGAGCCUUCGGGUCCCACCUGAGCCUGCCCUCCCCAGUAGAGAUAGAGCAGGUGCGCCAGAAGCUGCUGCAGCUGCUCCGCACAUACUCACCCAGUGCGCAGGUCAAGCGGCUUCUGCAGGCCUGCAAGCUGCUCUACACAGCCCUGAGGACCCAGGAUGGGGAGAGCGCAGGUGCCGACGAGUUCCUGCCUCUGCUGAGCCUCGUCCUGGCCCACUGCGACCUUCCUGAGCUGCUGCUGGAGGCCGAGUACAUGUCGGAGCUGCUGGAGCCCACCCUGCUCACCGGAGAGGGUGGCUACUACCUGACCAGCCUCUCUGCCAGCCUGGCUCUGCUAAGUGGCCUGGGCCAGGCCCACACCCUCCCACUGAGCCCCGUGCAGGAGCUGCGGCGCUCCCUCAGCCUCUGGGAGCAGCGCCGCCUGCCUGCUACCCACUGCUUCCAGCACCUUCUCCGAGUAGCCUAUCAGGACCCCAGCAGUGGCUGCACCUCCAAGACCCUGGCUGUGCCCCUAGAGGCCUCGAUCGCCACCCUGAACCAGCUCUGUGCCGCCAAAUUCCGAGUGACCCAGCCCAACAAUUUUGGCCUCUUCCUGUACAAGGAGCAGGGCUACCACCGCCUGCCCCCUGGAGCCCUGGCCCACAGGUUGCCCACCACAGGCUACCUCAUCUACCGCCGGGCAGAGUGGCCUGAGACCCAGGGGCCUGCAACAGAGGAGGAGGGCAGUGGGCAGUCAGAGGCAGGGAGCAGAGGGGAGGACCCAGGGUGCCGGGGAGAUGGGGACGCUGGGGUCAAAGCCGGCCCCAGGGACAUUUGGGAAGAGUCCGAGGCAACUGCUGAAGGGGGCCAGGGUUGGGACCGGGGAGGGCCUGCUCAGCCAGGGGAGCCAGAGGCAGAGGGAAGCCGGGAAGCAGAGGAGUAGCUUGAAGUGGCCAGAAGGGGUCACUGGGGGCGGGAGACCCAGAGCCUGUUGAGAAGUCCUUUCAGCGCCAGUAGCCCCACCCCAGGCUCCGUCCUGUGUGUGCCAUCACCUUUGUCUGAUACUUGUCUCUGGGGAAUCUGGAGGAACUGCCACAACUGAGGAAAUAGAAUAAAGCUGAGGGGGCUUGUAGGACCCCCAGACUGUGUGCCCAA